AUGAGUGGGCUGGCUCAGUGGGUUAUCCUCCUCCAGGCCACUUCUCUGUUUGGCCUGUCCAAGGUCAGCCUCCUGCCAGGGGGAAAGAGGGGGGCAGAGACAGGGAGGGACCAUCAUGGCCUCAGUGCACUGAGCCCUGUAGGGGAGAACUUGCGUUGUUACCCAUGGCAGCCCGGCCCCUCCCUGAGUCGCCCCUUCUCCUCCCCGUCCUUCCUUCCCUCGCCUCCUCCGGUCCUGUAUUCCUACCCAGGCGUUGGAUGGAGAGGGAACAGCUAG